UGCCCCUGGAAGAAGCACGCGGAGCUCGUCGGCACCAAAGAGCGCAGAGAGGGGACAUCCCCGGCAGCCGGGCUUGUGGCAGCGGCCGAGCCCCCGCUCUCCGGCAUCGACAGCAAAGCACUGUGCCCAGAAACCUUGCUGCAGAGAAAUGAGGCAGAAAAGCAAAAGGGGCUGCAGGAAGCACAGGUCACUUUGGCCGCUCGGCUCGGGGAGGCAGAGGAGAAGAUCAAAGUGCUCCACGCAGCACUGAAGGCCACCCAGACGGAGCUGCUGGAGCUGCGGUGUAAAUACGACGAGGAAGCUGCGUCCAAGGCAGACGAAGUAGCCAUGAUCAUGACAAACCUCGAAAAAGCCAACCAGCGAGCGGAGGCGGCGCAGAGGGAGGUGGAGAGCUUGCGGGAGCAGCUGGCAGCCGUCAACAGCUCCUCCUGCCCCCCACCGGGUUCUGCAGGGGACAAAGUGAACUAUUCCAUGUGCUCAGGGUCGAGGCUGGAGGUGGCUCUGGCUGCCAAGGACCGGGAGAUUCUGCGGCUCCUGAAGGACGUCCAGCACCUCCAGAGCUCGCUGCAGGAGCUGGAGGAGUCCUCUGCCAACCAGAGCAUAACGAAGGCGGAGGAGGCCCUGCUGCUGGGGAAGGAGGCUUUCUACCCCUCCCAGAAGUACCUGUUGGAGAAGCCCAGCCUCCUGGCCAGCACUGAGGAGGAUCACUCCGAAGACGAGUCGGGAAAGGAUUCGCUGGGCAUGGAGCAGCCAUACCCAUCCCCCCAGCACGCCCCGGCGGAUGAACCUACUUCCCCUGCUCCCCUCCCGCCUCCUCUCGGCCCUGGUGCAGCCCCUGACGGCCCCCGGACUUUCUCGCUGUCCCCUUUCCCGGGGGGCGAACGGCUUUCAGGGGACCCCAAGACCCCCCACGUCCUGCCGCCCACCUACAAGAGCGAGAAUGCCGGGGGGGGGCCGUCCUUCCCCUCCACCUUCUUUGGGGCCAAAAGCGGCACUGUGCCCCCCGGCACCACGCCGGCCACCAGCGCCACCAGCCCGCCUGGUGAGCCGUCCGAGGGCAGUUCUGCCGAGGAGGAGCAGCUGGAUACGGCCGAAAUCGCCUUCCAGGUGAAGGAGCAGCUGCUGAAGCACAACAUCGGGCAGCGGGUCUUCGGGCAUUACGUGCUGGGGCUGUCCCAGGGCUCCGUCAGCGAGAUCCUGGCCCGGCCCAAGCCCUGGCGCAAGCUGACGGUGAAGGGCAAGGAGCCGUUCAUCAAGAUGAAGCAGUUCCUCUCCGAUGAGCAGAAUGUGCUGGCCCUGAGGACUAUCCAGGUGCGCCAGAGAGGUAGCAUCACGCCGCGGAUCAGGACGCCGGAGACCGGCUCUGAUGACGCCAUCAAAAGCAUCCUGGAGCAGGCGAAGAAGGAGAUCGAGUCACAGAAGGGAGGCGAACCCAAAACGCCGUUGGCGUCGCAGGCGGUGGCCAACGGGGCGGGCAGCAGCAGCUCGGAGGACGCCAUCAAGAGCAUCCUGGAGCAGGCGCGGCGGGAGAUGCAGGCGCAGCAGCAGGCGCUGCUGGAGAUGGAGUCGGGGAGCAGCGGGCGCCCCGGGGACACGCCGCCGGCCGAGCGCUCCACGCUGGCCACCGUCAACCAGAACGUUGUCCCGACGUACGUCAAGCAGGAGGAGGGGAGCGGGGCCAGCCCUGGCCCCCCACAGACGCCCCUGGCCGUCCUCUCGCCUGCCGCCUUUGUCCAGAGCAUCAUCCGGAAGGUGAAGUCGGAGAUCGGCGACGCCGGCUCCUACUUCGACCAGCACUGGGCAUCGGAGCGGAGCCUGCUCAGCCGACCCUACACCUCCGUCUCACCUUCGCUUUCCUCCUCCUCCUCGAGCUACUCCAGCAUGGCCAACGGCCGGGGCUGGCCACGGGGCGAGCCCGGCGCGGCGCGGACCCCUGACCCCACCGUGCCGCCGCUGACGCCGGAGCAGUACGAGAUGUACAUGUACAGGGAGGUGGACACGCUGGAGCUGACCCGGCAGGUCAAGGAGAAGUUGGCCAAGAACGGCAUCUGCCAGAGGAUCUUCGGAGAGAAGGUGCGGGGGCUGUCCCAGGGCAGCGUGAGCGACCUGCUGUCGCGGCCCAAGCCGUGGAGCAAGCUGACGCAGAAGGGUCGGGAGCCCUUCAUCCGCAUGCAGCUCUGGCUGACGGACCAGCUGGGCCAAGGCAUCAGCCAGCAACAGACCCCCUCCCAAG